AUGCAGCGAGCACAACUUCGCUUAAAUCUGCCCUCGGUUUACAGCAUUGAGAAAAAGUGUAUAUACGUUUGAGAGGGAAACCAUCGAAUAAACGGCAUGUGACGGAGGGUCGUAUCGAGAAACGUAAGAUCAAGUUGCAUACCUAUAAGGUUUCAUACACCUCACCGCUUUCAGGAAAGGAAGAAAGGAAAUGGGUCACCGUGGACGAUAUCACAAGCAUAACACUAGAGCGAGAAAAACAGAAACAAAAAUGCGCCAAGCUGUCUAAAAAGAAAAAAUUGACCACUACAAAAGUAUUACAUACCUAUGAGAAGAGACGAUUAUGCAAAGGCUAUUGAAGAUCAGGGUUUUAAAUUGGUCUACAAUCCUCUUGGAGAUGGCAAUUGCCAAUUUGCUGCACUAUCGCAUCAGGCAAAGAGACUAGGCAUUUUGAGAUCUCCUGAAACCAUGAGGAAAGAAAUAGUAGAGUACUUAAAAAGUAAUCCGUACGAUAGCGAUGGCUUCCCACUUUUGGAGCAUUUGGCAGAUGAUGAGUUCGCUUGCUGGGACGAUUAUAUAACUCAUAUGGCGCGAGAUGGGACCUAUGGGGAUCAGAUUACGCUUUAUGCAGCAGCAAACUUGUAUAAUAUCGAUAUCCAAAUAGUUUCCUCUCUAGGAGUUGGUGGGCAGCAUGUGUUCAGUCCGUCAGCAAGUGUUUCAGCAGCUACCGUGUACCUUGGACAUCUUGCUGAGAACCAAGGCGAACACUAUGUGAGCUUGGAACAAGUUGCGGAUCACAACGACGCUAGUGAAAAAGAAUACGAUGAAAAUGACCCAGGAGAAGGAGAAAUUCCCGAGGAUUAUGCGAAUGAAAUGCACAUAGAGCAGGACGUCGUUGAUUUUGAAAUGGGUGACUCUGACGCAAAAACUGGACUUGACAGUAUCGUCGGCAUUGGUGACGACACGGACAUUGCUACAGAUACAGCUAAGGGACUUACUCAUGGAAGCCGAACAAACGAGACAGAGUAUGAAUUACAAAAUGAAGUCGACAAUGAUAUAGCGAAUGAUGGUGAUAAGCUGAUGGAGGUUCAGUUUGUUUCAGAUGUAGACAUCGACUUAUUUGCGGCGAGAGGAGAUGACGAAUGUCACAUUGGAAAACUUCCCGAUGAAGUUUUAGAAAAAAUCUUAGAAAUAGCGUUAGCGUCAUCGGCCAUCCUGUUUGCUGGUAAUGCAUGCCACACAUACCAAACAUUACGUAAAGUUAAUACACGAUUCAGGGCGUCGGUGCAACGUCUGAAACGAUUUCUACCAAGGCUUCAUGUUUCUGGUGGAUUGAAGUCUUGUUUAAUCAGCGCUCGAAGCCUUCUAAAAAAGUAUGGUCCUUUAAGCGGCCUAUUGAUCGAGCUGAAGAAAAUCAUUUCUAGUCCAAAGUGGGCUAAUGCUUGGCUGGAAGUUCAAGUGGAUGAACUCGAUUGGUACGUAAUCAUUGGAAUUUUUUGGAAGAGAAAUUGA